CUGACAAUACCUAAAGUUCGCCCUGCCUCCCUCCACCGUCUGUGAUAGGGAAGUGGCAAGAACAAAACACAGCAGAAACGAACAUCGAAAAUUUGAUAUCCAAGAAAAAAGCACCAAAGAAGUAAUCAAAUCUUAACCUAGCUCUAAAUGCUCAACCCAAAUCAGAACAACUGAUAUAUAAGUUCUGUUUAUUUAGAGUCGAAAGAAAGAAGUCUCAACCAAAAAAGAAAAAAAAAAAAUGACGACGGUUGGAGGACCCAUGAAGGCGACCUCCGUCAACGGAGUGAAGAUGUACUCUAUUACAUCGCAGCAGCGCUCUAUAGCCUCCUGGCUUGAUCCCAAGAAGCAACGAGCUCUACGCAAAGACAUAAAUUAUCAGCAAAGAGUGGAGUUGAUUCAGGACUUGACGUUUCAAACUGCAACUACCAAAAUCAAAGUAACUCCUGAUGGAGAGUAUGUUAUUGCAUCAGGAAUAUACCCACCUCAAGUCAAGGUAUACGAACUAAGAGAAUUAUCAAUGAAGUUCGAAAGACACUUGGAUUCUGAGAUACUUGAUUUUCAGAUAUUGGAUGAUGACUAUUCAAAGCUUGCAUUUUUAUGUGCUGAUCGUUCCAUUUGCCUACAUGCAAAAUAUGGAAAACAUUACAGCUUGCGGAUACCAAGGAUGGGAAGAGAUAUUGCAUAUGAUUGCUGGUCUUGUGACUUGCUUUGUGCUGCUUCAUCUCCAGAUUUAUAUCGGAUUAAUUUGGAACAGGGACGAUUUAUGUCCUCACUGAACACGCAAUCACCGGCUCUAAAUAUAGUUUGUCGUAGCAAGCUUCAUGGGCUGGUUGCUUGUGGUGGUGAGGAUGGUGCUGUCGAAUGUUUUGAUAUGAGGAUGAGAUCUUCUGUUGGUAGAAUUAAUGCUGUUGCACCUGCUGGUGAUACCGACCACGAGAUCACUGCAUUGGAGUUUGAUGAGGAUGGGGGUUUCCUGAUGGCUGUUGGAAGUAGCACCGGGAAGGUGUUGCUCUAUGAUCUGCGAUCCUCACAUCCUAUACGUGUUAAGGAUCAUAUGUAUGGCAGCCCAAUAUUGGACAUUAAGUGGCAUCGAACUCUCAAUUGCGAACGAGAUAAGCUAAUUACCACAGAUAAUCAUAUAGUUAGAAUAUGGGACCCUGAGACGGGGGAUGGUAUGACAAGCAUUGAACCUACAGCUGGAAGCAUAAAUGAUAUAUGUGUGUUCAAAAACAGUGGUUUGAUGUUGCUGGCUUUGGAGUGCAGCCAGAUACCAUCUUACUAUAUUCCUUCCUUGGGACCUGCUCCUAAGUGGUGUGCUGAUCUUGAAAAUACAACGGAGCAACUGGAGGAGAAACCAGAAAUGAGCAUAUAUGAUGAUUACAAAUUUUUGACAAAAGAAGAUCUUGAAAAAUUGAAUUUAACAAAUUUAAUUGGCACCAAUCUUCUAAGGGCCUACAUGCACGGGUUCUUCAUUGAUUACCGGUUGUAUAAGAAGGCAAAAGCAUGGGCAGAUCCUUUUGCGUAUGAAACUUAUAUGGAGCAGCAGAAACGAGAGAAACUGGAAGCUGAAUUCGGACGAAGAAUUACGCUGGACAGGAGAAGAUUACCAAAGGUCAACCGUAAUCUGGCAGCUAGUAUCCUUGAAAAUGAAGAAGCUGAGAAUGAAAAGAAAGAAACUGAUGAAACUGAGACCAAAAGAGCAUCCAAGAAAAAGAAAGGACUUGGCGCUGAGAUAUUUAAAGAUGAGAGAUUUUCAAAAAUGUUUGAAAAUAAGGAUUUCGAGAUUGAUGAAGAGUCACGAGAGUAUUUGGCUUUACAUCCAAUGGCUUUGAAGAAGCAACCAUCAUUGGUAGAGGAGCAUUUUGAACCUAUUAGUGAAGAUGAGAAUUUGAGUGAUGCCGAUGCCUCAUCGCAGUCAUCAGAAGAUGAUGAGCCUGGCAAUGACAAGAAAAAAAUAAAGGAGAAAUCACGAGUUCCAAGAUUAUACGAAGUGAAGGAUGAGAGGCAUGCAGAAGCAUUCUGGAACAGUGUAUCACUUGCAGGGGAAGAGUCUCGUCCUCUUGGAGAGAGGGUGGCAGCUCUUGGAGAUGACCGGCAGAUUUCUGGACUACCAAAUAAUGUGAAGUUGGGACCAGGAGGAUCACGAGAGAUUUCGUUCAUUACUAGAAGCUCGGCGAAGUACAAGGAGGAUGAGGACAAAGAACCAAGGAAUGAAAAGAGGAGGGGAGUCCCGUCAUUAGGGCUAAAGUCCAGCAGAUCAGGGUUUAGAGGUCGCGGAAGAGGGAAUAGGGGGAAGGGCAGAAGAGGCCGACGAUGAGCAUUUACCUCAUUCAUGUGCUAGUGAUUUCUGACUUAGGUAGCAUUUUUAGGUUGCAUUUUGUGCCUCAAAAUUAUUCAAGGGAAUGCAGAGCUGCUAGGAUUUUGGUUUUGCCUUGGGUUUAUCCCAUAUAUUUAGGAAUACUGAGAGGUUUAUGUUUGUAAUUUUUUUUUCUUUUUAUAAUUUUUUUAGUGGGAUAUCUCACACAGAGAGAGGGUCUGUAGCAUUAAUAUUCAUAUUGAAUAUGUUAUGGUUUCCAAAUUAGAAAAUUAGUUUUAAAAAUGUAUAAUUUGAGAGGAGUUCAAAGUUGCAUUUAUAAUUCUGAUUUAUGUUAA